AUUCAUCCAGCUGAAGCUUUUGCGAUAGCUAUCCAGCAUUGAGAUUCGGAUACUACCACAUACGAUGAUCGCAUCGGGGAUUAGAGGGCUUGCCAGGCCAUGCUUGUCGACUACGAGAUGUUUGCGCCAGCUCCCCGUACGAAGUGCACCAAGAGCAACCAUACAAGAUGUACUCCGGCAAAGGCGAUUCCAAAGUAGCCAGGGCUCAGCCUAUGGAGCCGCGAAAAAGCUAUUCAAGGCCAAUCCGUACUCUGUCAGCCUCGCUACCGUGUUUAUUCUAUGCGGCGCUGGCGGCCUCAUGUACGCGAACUAUUUCUAUAACUCAUACAUAAUUGGAGCCUUCCACAACUUCCCGGAACCGGUAGCUAAAGAGCUACGGAAGGCGCUAUAUUUUACAAACCAAGACCUCAAACCACACCAAGCGAUUAAAUUCUACAAAAAGACACUUCGGGUCGCGGAAGAUAUUGGCAUGGACCCCUUCUCCGACGAGAUCCUCGGUGUGAAAUUCCAGCUAGCAGCAUUCAUGGAGAAGAUCCAGAAAUAUCUAAAGGCAAUCCAGGUUCUCGAGAUCGUCCGGAACGAUUGUUUGCAGUGGAUAGAGGAAUUUGGAGACAAACCCGAGAAUGCUGGCAAAAGGACGAGGGUUUUGGGAAAGACAAUUGGGAUUAGUGUGAAGCUGGGCGAGCUUUAUUCUGGGGAGUAUGUCAAAGAGCCAGAAUUGGCCGAGGAGAAGUUGGUUUGGGCUGUUGAAGCGACAUUAAAGGAGCUACAGAGGAGACAAAAAGAAGGUAUCAAGCCAGACGAAGGCGAGUGGCUUAACGCUGAACAAAUAGGGGGAUCAUUGGAAGCUCUUGGGAAUUACUAUGAGAGCAGAGACCAUCAUUAUCUCUCCUCGCCACUUUUCUUACAGGCAAUCAACAUGUCUCCGCCAAAGUCGUGCCAUACGGCUAUCUUAAUGAACAACCUUUCUAUAUCCGUUGCUCAGCAAGACCCCCCAACAACUCCAGGUCAAGCCCCUGUGUCCCGGCCAACCCUGGUAGCAAAUGCCCGAGCCUGGGCCGUCAAGGCUAUCGAUAUAGCCACAAAUAUUGCUCCGCCAGAAAGGACAGAGGAGUGUGAUCUAGCCUGUGCCGUUGCAACCCACAAUCUUGCCGAGUUCGCCGAAAUGGACGGGGAUAUUGCAGCUGCAAGGCUCAAGUAUGAAGAGGCGAGAUCCUUGUCAAAGGUGAUAGGGUUCAAGGAAGGUGUUUCCAAUGCGGAGACCGCGCUCAGGAGGUUAUCCGAGAAAUAGGCAACUUAGUCACUUGUAUUCAAGGACUAUGGCCUGGCCUAGCUGUGAUACGUGGCCUAAUUCAUGGAACAUCUUAGCCAGGUCUAUUGGAAGCGACUUAUAACGAAUCUAGCUAAGUGCAUGGAGUUAGUUUGCACGGGCGCUAGGGAAGCGGUGCGGUUGAGCAGGACCACGAGCUAGUUGUUGCCAGCGAAGCGUGCACGCACGGCAUUGUUUGGCCAAGGCUGGAAUGAGGUGUGACGCAGGGAGCUGCUGUGAUAAUAUUACCUUGGAACCUCUACCCUCCUUUAUGUAGGUCUGAUAUAACAUAGGAUGUAAAAAUAACCUAGUCACAAGUGAGUCGCCUACACAAGCUCACCACUGAUGUUUUCUUAGCAUCGUACGAAAUUAUAUAGAACAAGCCCUAUUAGGGCUUAGCUACCUAAUCUACUC